UCAUGUAACGAUUUUUUAAAUGCCAAAUAUGGCCAUAAUGCACAAUUAUUUGCACUUAUUAAAGUGUAUUCAGACUAUGAUAGUUCCACAACCACCAUUUGAAACAACGGCCAAUCCCAGGAGUCCUACGAGUAGUUUAUGUAUUUGUUUACAUUAUAAAAAAAGGUGUGUAGGCAAUAUAAAGGGAUGAAACGAGGGGUAGCCCUAAACUUUGAUGAAGGCAAGCUUUGGAUGGAAGUCUUUGGCACAGCUACUGGGUUAAUUACUUCAAAUCCAUCUAGACUGGCAUCUUAAUUUUCCUAAUUCAUCGUCCGAAAAGAUCGGUUGAAUUAAUCAUCCUGCUUUACUCCAAGCAAGUCUACAUGGUCUUGGAAGUCUAGUCCAAUUUUAAGUUGUUUAACAGAUCUCACGUUAUGCUCGUCCAAAAGAAAACAUGGUUUGAUGCUUGAGACAAGUGAAAUGCACAUGAUCAGGAAAAUGUCAGGGGAACGGACAACGGUGUUGAAAACAUAGUGAAGAAACGAGAAAGUAUCCUCAUGUAGUUUUCAGCAUGCUUGUUGACAAAACUGACGAAGACCUAUUAGUUUUAUUAAUGUGUCCAUAAUAUAUAUGCCGGGCUUACAAGAGAUGAGCCCAAAACCUAUAAAAUUCUAGGGAGCAUGGGAAAAAAAAUGUUUUAUUAUUACGUAGGUCUCUAGAAGACGAGCCAGCAUUUGAUUCAAGAUUCCAAGCAGGGAUUUUCUAAAUAUGAAUUUGGUUUUGAAGUGCUUUCUUUUUCUAACCUAUUUUUCGAGAAAAAGCUACUUGAAGAACACAUUCCACAAGAGAGAAUGCAUGCAAGUUGGUGUGAUGGAAAGGAUAUUUGAAAAAUAAAAAAAAAUCUCUUGGUCUACCAUGGGAAGAGCUUAAGCUGGUCGUAAGUCAGGACUUGGAAAAAGUAAGAAGUGAGAACCUCAAAGCAUCCAGAACCAAAGGGAGACCCAAUUGAGCCGCUCCACCGACGGGCUGACGAGCCGUUGGUCAACCGGGUCAGACGUCAAAACUAUCCUAUCCCAAGUUUGUCUUUCCUCAUAUAAUUUAAGAAACCCGAAAGCCUUUUACCGUUUCCCCCCCGCGGUUUACACAUUCAAACUUUCAACGGUCAACAUUCAAAUCAAAAGCCAAACCUUCACACCCCCCCUUCCUCUUUGAACCAUUCCCUCCUUAGUCCUUAUCUCCCCAUUCUUUAGACAAAACUUAUGUAUAUAGGUUCCCACUUCCCUUCCUCUCGUUCCAAUCACAAUUCUAAAACCUCAAAGCCCAAGUUGAAUCUCUCUCUUCUCUCUCUCUCUCUCUCUCUGUGUGUGUGUGUGUGUUUCGAUUGCCUGCAGCUUUAUUGUUCCAUCAGAAGAUUUUGUUCAUGGCUUCGACAUGGCGGACACGGAAGGCUGACCAAAAGACUAAUCUAGCUAAGAGGAGGAGCCCGAACAUUGCGGAGGUGUCGAUCCCGACCCACUUCCGCUGCCCGAUUUCUCUCGAGCUCAUGAAGGACCCGGUGACGGUGUCGACGGGGAUCACCUACGACCGCCAGAGCAUCGAGACAUGGCUCGACAUGGGGAACACGACGUGCCCCGUUACGAAUCAGGACCUCGAGGUCGAGGACCUCAUACCAAACCAUUCGAUACGGAGGAUGAUACAGGAUUGGUGCGUCGCAAACCAUUCCUAUGGGAUUGAAAGGAUACCCACACCGAAGAUCCCUGUGACCCCAGCCCAAGCCUCGGAGAUCCUAUCAGGGAUCGCUGCGGCCAGCCGGAGAGGGGAGACGACGAAGUGCCGUGAAUUGGCGGUGAAAGUCAAAGCCUUUGCCAAGGAGAGCGAGAGGAACCGGAGGUGCUUCAUGUCUCAUGGUGCGGGUCGCGCCUUGGCUGCCUCAUUCAGCGCUUUUGCUGCCGGUCCCUUGGAGAAUUCAAAGACUGGAGUUCUGGAAGAUAUCUUAUCAGCAUUGGUAUUCAUGCACCCGCUAGACGAGGAGACUGCUUGGCACAUCGGGUCACCGGAGUCUCUUGAUUCCAUCGUGUUGAUCUUGAAAUGCGGGGACUUGGCCGGAAGGCUUGGUGCAGUCUUGGUGGUGAAGGAGCUUGUUUCAGCCAACGGAGAGUGGGUGGAGGUCAUGGCCAACACUAAGGGGCUGAUUGAAGCCUUGGUCAAGCUCAUCAAAGAGCCCAUCUUUCCCCAGGCCACAAAGGCCUCCCUGGUGGCCACCUACUACAUGGUUAACUCCGACGUCGAGAGGAUGGCAUCGAGGUUCGUGGACUUGGGUCUGGUCCCCGUGCUCCUAGAGAUCCUCGUCGACUCCGAGAAGAGCAUGUGUGAGAAGGCAUUGGCCGUGCUCAGUGGGCUCUUGAGCUGCGAGGAGGGUAGGGAGAAGGCCUACGAGCAUGCCCUCACGAUGCCGGUGUUGGUUAAGAAGAUGUUUCGGGUCUCGGACAUGGCGACCGAGUUCGUGGUCUCAGCCCUUUGGAAGCUCUGCAAGAACUACAACGAGGAAGAAGCGGAGGAGGGUGGAAGGAGAGGUGAGUCUCUGGUGGAGGCUCUGCAAGUAGGAGCCUUUCAGAAGCUCUUACUUCUCUUGCAGGUAGGAUGCAGUGGCUCAGCCAAGGAGAAGGCCACUGAUCUCCUCAAAUUAUUGAAUGGUUAUCGGGGGAGGGCUGAGUGCAUUGAUACCAUGGAUUUUAAGGGGCUGAAGAGGCCCUUUUGAAUGAUGGUCUGAUGAUUCAGAGGGAGUAUGUGAGAUAUUAAGAGGGAUUCAGUUUUGGUUGUUGUGUGAUAGAGUCCUAUGUACAAAAUAUAAAGAAUUAAAAAAUGAUUCGUUCUCUGUUUAUCUUUUUGCAGUUUGGCUGCUUGCUUAUUGUUGUUAUGCUUCCUAUGUUAUAAUUAAAUUCUAUGUAUUG